AUGUUCCGCGUCGAGCUCCUCCCAGACUCCUCCUCAGUAGCCACCCCGGGCUACACCUACGUCGCAGACCGGGGCUUCAACCCCGCACAAGCAGCGAUGGCGCCCACACUCGGCCGCAAACGCGGCAUCCGCGACGCCGGCAAGGGCGGCGACGUGUCCUCGCGCCAAGCGAACGCAAUCAUGCGCCAUCUUGCCGAGCUGGACCGCGAGAACCAGCGCGAUGUGCAGAUCCCGGUGCCGGUCAAGCAGGCCAAGGAGGCCGGGUCCCGGGGAACACGCGCCAAGACCACCUCGAACGUGCGCCGCAUCUUGCAGUCACAGAAAACAUUCCGGAAUCACUUGGAUGAUGAGGAGGCGGCGCUAGCGAUGGGUACUGGUGUUGGCAGUGGUAGUGGCGGGGGUGCGAAUGUGAAUGCCAUACUCCAAGCGAAGACCGGCGGCGCGGGUGGCAAGACGGGGAAAGUUGCUGCUGCUGCUGGGAGUGGGAGUAGUGCUGCGGCACGGAGAAGUUCAACGCCUGCGACGGCUUCUUCUAGUGCUGCGCGCCGCAAACGUCCCUCUGCUGCUGCUGCUGCCACCACGACUACCGCUACCUCGACACCGACACCGGCCCCAUCAGUAUCCGAAACGGCAGACACCCAUCCCGAAGCCGAAACAUCACCCGACAACAAUAACCACAAUGACGAAGCCGCCGACGCCGAGCCCAAACCAAAACUCAUCAAAACAGAGCACGACAACCACCCCCUCCUGCGCUCGUAUGCGCCGUCGGCCCCCUCGGACCGCAUCAUGCAGUUGCUGCUAGCCGAGCCGCCGCUCCCUUAUAACGCGGCCCGCGCGGCGCCGCCGUCCUCGUCGCAGCCGCCGCGCCAUUUCUGCUGUUUGUGUGGGUACUGGGGGAAGAUCAGGUGCAAGACCUGUCAUUUGCGGACGUGCGGGCUGGAUUGCUAUAAGGUGCAUGAGGAUUCGCGGUGCGGUGCUUUUUUCUGA